AUGGGAGUAACAGGAGCUGUGGCAGCACAAAAAUUUCAGACGAUGAAGGCCGCAGCAGAAAAGAAAAAAUUUCUGGACUCAAAGAGGAGUGGAUGCGGGGCGGCUGAGGUCAGGCACUCGAAAUGGGCCUUUUAUACGACUCUCGACAGUUUUUUAGGAGAUAGAGACAGCAGCUUUGCGACGUUGUCUAACAUUCCCGCAGCCGACAUCUCCAGCCCAAUAGAGGAAAACUGCUCUGGCGUUGAGGGGUUGAUCCAAUCUAUGGUCCAUUCAUCAUAUUUUGAAGGAGGUGAUGACACGUCCACAAGCCAUAGCCCAUUGACUGUGCCAUCAGAAGAGUCAACUUCGACCAGAAUAUUUGAGCAGUCAUCACAGCAUAGCUCUCAUGUGGCCACUCCGACAGCAGCUCCCAAAAAGUAA